AUGGCAGAGUUACUGCGUAGUAAUCCUGAAAGGAUAGAAAAAGCUAGAGAAGAGCUCAAUCAGGUAAUUGGAUCGGAGGAAGGAGUGAUUCAAGAAUCUGACAUUUCAAGGCUCCCAUACUUGCGAGCAAUCCUUAAUGAAACUUUACGGCUUCAUCCACCCGCCCCGUUACUUGUACCACAUAAGGCUAAUGAAGAUGUAGAAAUCAAUGGUUACAUUGUGCCAAAAGAGACACAGAUUUUGGUCAAUGCAUAUAAUAUAGGAAGAGACGAAACAAUCUGGCCAGAACCCGAAAUGUUUAAGCCAGAGCGAUUUCUAGAGAGCGAAAUCGACGUGAAAGGGAUGCAUUUCGAGCUCAUUCCAUUUGGUUCAGGGAGAAGAAUGUGUCCUGGAUUUCCUCUGGCUUACAGGAUGGUACACAUAAUGCUAGCCACCCUGAUUUACAACAUUGACUGGAAACUUGAAGGGGGAUCGAACCGGAAGAUUUGGACAUGGAAGAAAAGUUCGGGUUGCAGUACUAAAGGCAAUGCCUUUAAAAGCUAUCCCAGUGAAAUUGUGAAUUCCAGCUUGAUGCCUCAGAAAGCUGUGUUUCUUUCUUUUUUUGGGUUUCUUUUCGGUAAGGAUUCAAUAAAUUUUAGUUAUAGUAGUGAUCAAGUCUUUACAGGACAGGUUUGUCUUUGA